UGAAGUGCGUCUGGUCUGCAGAAAAGCAACAGGAUGAAGGUGUGUGUGGAACUAGGGCUGCUGUGUCUUAGCCUGCUCAUCUCCAGUCUUCAUGGAGAAGAAAUUGAUACUGAAUCAAGCAAACAAAUGCCACCGAAUCUUGAUGAGGAGGAUAUUCCUCAGCUUCAGAUGUACAGAGUGCGACGACAGACAGAGGAGAAAAAUGAAGAAAAGUCAGUUGCUUCAUCACAGAGAGAAAACAGCAAACAUGUGUACCAAAAAACUCCACAAUCAGGACAAUUUUCCAUUUUACGAGACAAUGGAGGGCCAAAGUCAGACGUCAACCUCCGCGUCAAGAGGCAGGAGAAAAACAAAAACAACAAACGGAAAAAACCACGUCCUGCACAAUUCAGCCUUUUAGGAAGCAAUCAAGACCCGCCGCAGCAGACUGUCCGUGCCAAAAGAGAGGAGACUGCAGGAGGGAAAAGACCCUGACCAACCAGUUAAAGCAUUAAAUGUAUCCUGUGUCUUUCCCCAUGCAGGUUCCCUGAUAAAGGAAUUGCACAGGCACACAUCACCAUAUAUCAGAAAGUGUGUAAGCCUCAGGUUAUGCUCGUGAAAGUAUUCAUUUAUCUUUCUAUUGCCAUCUUUUCUAAGCAAAUGCAUUUGCUUGAUUAUGUAAAGCUAAAAGUGGACACUAAGCGGCAGCAUUUAUCCAAGAGAGGAGCACUCGAGGCCUGGCUUGGCUUUUUUUUUUUUUUUUUUAACACUAUGUUAAUUGAUGCCUGUUGAUUUUUAUAUUAUAUUUACAAUAAAGCAUUUCAUAAAAA